CGCAAUUCCCUUGAUACAUUGCUAAAUGUGUGCCAAAGCACUUAUCAUAUCUAAACCCCAAAGACGUUAUUCAAUUCUCAGUGCAUUGACCCAUUAAAGAGCAGAAUUCACCCACUAAUACACGAGCAUCACCAAGCAGCAGCACGACAGCGGCAGCAACUUCAAAGUUGAAUGCCAUACGGAACAUGCUCAAAAUUAAGCGAAUAGAUGAACAAAAAACGAACCCACUGGGCCACACGGAUAGACACGAACAGACACGCAUAGACACGCACACACAGGUGCCGGUACAGUCGCAGACAAUUGCAUGCAGUGCGGCGCUGAGCUGCUCAAACGAACUCAACGAAACUUCCGUUGUUCUGUGCGAAGCCUCAGUGUUCGUCAAGUUUCCGAUGUCGAUGUCGAAGUCGAAGUCGGAGAGGUGCUUGUGUAUGGGUUUUGGUGUGGGAUGGUAUGGGUAUUAGUGUUGUUGCUAAGUAUUUUGCACAAGCUCAGGCGUCGUGAUCGGCAACUGCUGCCUGCUGCCUUCUGCUGCUGCUGCUGCCACUACUGCUGCUGCUGCUGCUGCCGCUCGGUCGACAGCGACGCGAAAAAGUUACUUUAUCUUGUGAUUGCCGAGAAGUUUUAGAUUCAGUUGAGCAUAAACAUUCCUACGGUGUGGUGGUAGAAUCAGCCAAGUCUGCGCGUCGAACGACUAAGCUAAGCCAUUUAGUAUACUACAAUUUAGUAUGAACAAUUUGUGAAGCGAUCUUCAUCGUUGAAAAGUGUUUUUGGAAAGUGCCACAAGCUGCAGCUUCUACUCGAUCGAAGCUGAAAGCCAAACGAGCCAAAGCUCCACGAACUCCAAAGCAAAAAUCGAAAGUGUUUUUUCCGCUUGAGCGCAGCAUGAGAAAUCCUGCGGCAAGCCUUUGACAGAGAGCCUAACGAAACCGAAACCUGGUCAAAUCUAUACAGAACGAAGCUGAGCUGAGAGUGUUUGCAGCUUAAGUAACUCAUUCAGCAGAUUGCCCAGACCCCCAAAAACAAAGGAGAAACAUGACGAUGAACUACCAUUACUACAAUGCCAGCUCGCGCUACGAAAUGGUCGUGGAGAUAGCCAAUAUCGCGCUGGACGAGUUCAAGACCCAUCAUACCUCACGCAACUACACGGGCCUGGUGCAGCGCUACUACCAAUUGGUGGAAGAGGAUUAUGGCGAUCCGCGUGCGGAACGCUUCCACCUGAUGGACCAUCCGAUGUUCACCUUCGGCCUGGUGGCCAUCUACCUCUCCUGGGUGCUCGUCCUGGGGCCCCUCUUCAUGCGCGACCGCAAGCCCUUCCAGCUCCGCCGCACCCUGGUCAUCUACAACGCCUUCCAGGUGGCCCUCAGCGGCUACAUGUUCUACGAGCACUUAAUGGCCGGCUGGCUGAACUACAAUCUGAAGUGCCAACCGGUUGACUACUCGGAUGGUCCCAUGUCCAAGCGGAUGCUCAACCUGUGCUACAUCUACUACCUGUCCAAGCUGACGGAAUUCGCCGACACCGUGUUCUUUGUGCUGCGCAAGAAAUCCUCACAGAUCACCUGGCUGCAUGUGUACCAUCACUCGGUGACGCCGCUGGAGACCUGGGUCCUGGUCAAGUUCCUUGCAGGUGGAAAUGCCACAUUCCCCAAUCUGCUGAACAACUUUGUGCAUGUGUGCAUGUACUUCUAUUACAUGAUGUCCGCCAUGGGACCCGAGUACGCCAAGUUCCUGUGGUGGAAGAAAUACAUGACCGAGCUGCAGAUCGCCCAGUUCGUGCUGUGCAUCUUCCAUACGUUACGCGCCCUCUUCAGCAACCAGUGCCAGUUCUCGAAGUUCAUCUCGGCCCUCCUUCUGCUGAAUGCCUCCAUAUUCUUCUGCCUCUUCAUGAACUUCUACAUGCAGAGCUACAAGAAGUCCAAGGCCCAGCAGGCGCUACAGCAGCAGCAGCAGCAGGAGAAGCUCACGGCAGCCCAGGAGGAGGCCUCGAAGGCAGACAGCAACAACAAUAACCAUAUGGAGAUGCUGACACAGAAGCUGAAGGCCCACUAGAAUAGGAGAGGAAGUGCUUCCACGGAUUGCUCGAAAAGGGAACAAAAAUUUUUUGCAUACUCGUAAACUGGACAAAUUGGUGUUGGCAACAGAUCAAACGUUGGAAGUAGUUUUGGUACAAAGGUUUUAACUUACGCUAAGCUUAAGCUUAAGAGCCAUAAAUGCACAGAUAGACAGACGCACACGGAUAGUUAGGAAGUCCAGCCAGACAGCCAAACAGCCAGAAGAAGAGCCACCUCUUUACGGGGCGUAUGAGGAAUUCAAUUAUUCUUCUCCGUCCGGUCAUGCGUCCGCUGAAGAGAAUGCCCCUCUGGUAAGCAGUCGUAACUGUAUUCGUAAUGUGAACUGUAUAAGAAACUGGGUCAAUUUUCGAGAUCUGCCUAAGCUGUAAGUCACCUAAUUCUAGAACCUCACGAACGUAGCGUAGUUUUUAAUCGAACUCUGCGCUACCCCCGAUAGUGCCUAAGUAAGUGUUAAUUGUAAUUGUGUAUAGACGAUUUGUAAAUAGCCUGUUAAAUGUUAAAUAUUUGUAGUCCGCUAAGCCCUCUAGCCUAAGCAAACUAGUCUAACUUACAACAUGCGCGCAACUCAAUACUGAGGAGCACGACUAUAAAGCGAAGACAAAUAAAAGCGAAGAAAAGAUACAUUUCAAUAA